CGCCGAUCGCCGUCGGAAAAGAGCAGCGAAAGAGAGGCAGGAGGGCAGGAGAUCCUCGAGUAGCAGGUGAGCGUGGCUUUCAUCUCAAAGAUCUUGGAAAAAGGUGACGUGCAUCUGCGUGUGUUUGCAGUUGCUUGUUCGGUAUUCAGCAGGGCAGAUGUCGGCCGAGUCUGACGCCAGCGGCACUCGCACCCCGCCUGCCAACUACGAGGAGACCCGGCUCGGCAUGUAUCGAGAGCUCCUGAAGCGUGACGCCGGGCUGGCGAGUGAGCAAGACGCCUACGGCCGCACGCCCAUCCACCACAUGGCCGCCACGCCCACAGCCUUCUCCCAGCGCUUCCUGCAGAGCUAUCUCGACCUCCUCACAUCACACGGGGCGCAGGUCGACCACCGAGAUCUGGCUGGCAAGACGCCGUUGGAGCUGGCGGCCGUGUGCCUGAGCGAGCAGCAGAAGGGCAAGGCGGCGCAGGACGCCAUCGAGCGGCAGACGGAGGUGAUUCGGAUGCUGCUGCGGAAGGGUGCGUGUGUGGAUCUGCUGCCCAAGGCGACGCCCCAGCAGCGGCACGUGAGGGGGUUGGUCAAGAAGAUCGAUGAGGAGGUCAAGCAGGCCGACUGACUGACUGACGGACUGCCAGUUUUCAGUUUUGCUGCAUACGAAAUGAAUAGCUUCCUUUUGUACCCACGUUGAUGCUUUUGUAACGUCUUGGAAAGACACGUGGAGAUAUUGGGAGGGAUGCUCUUGCUGUGUGGCUUGUCUGUCUGUCUGAGUGUGUCUUUUGAUUGUCCAUCUGUGCGGGUGUCGUCCGCUCCGUUCACGCAAACCGAUGCUGCGGAUGGAGUGUACGACACCUGUCUGAAUGGCCAAGCGAAAGACACACCAGCAGAUGAUGUCUACGGACGGCUGCUCGGUGGCGGCUCUGUUUUCUCUGUCCAUGUGUCUGUCGCCCGUUGGCCAAGAAUGACUGGCCCUGUUUUGAUGCAUGUCCGUGUUUGUCGGUGUGUGUGUGUCGAGUAGGGGUGGGUGAUCUGUGGCGAGCUGACGGAAGUGACGGAUUUGUUUGUCAUCAAUGCAUCGAUUCCAUGCAUGAUUUAUUAGACUUUCUCCGUGCAUACCAACCAAUGAAUGCACGUGGACACGUC